UAUUAUACCAUUGAAAAUAAAAUCCUUCACCACCCACACACACACACACACAAAAUUAACUGAUUGCGUGUGAGUGAUUUACUAUUGGAAAAUCUUUCUAAAAUAAGUUUUAUAAAAAUUGGUUGAGAAUCCCUUUGCACAUAGCCUCCUCAUAAUACAUAGUAUAGUAUAGUGUGAGAGAAAGUUGAAAACACAAACUCUAUUCAGAAUAAAAGUCUUGAAAAUGUCUGCCAAGAAGAAAGCCUUUAAAAAGUUACCUACAGAUAUUUGUCCAUUUCAUUAUGAAAUAUGUUUAAAACCCGACUUGAACAAAUUUAUUUGUGAAGGAGAAGAAAAUAUACAUGUUGAUAUAAAUACUUCAACAAAUGUUGUAACUUUAAAUUCGGCUGAUUUAGAGUUUCAGUCAAUUAAUUUUCAUACACAUGAAGAUUUAUUGAUAUCAUCAAAGAAUAUAUCAAUUAAUAAUGAAGAAGAAACAGUUACAAUUGAAUUUGAUGAAAAGCUUCCACCAGGUCGCUCAGGUUAUAUACGUUUAAUAUUUCAAGGAAAAAUUAAUGACAAUAUGAAAGGAUUAUAUAGAAGUAAAUAUACAGGUUUGGAUGUUGUCGGUGAUAGCAGUUAUAGCAAAUAUGCAGCAGUUACACAAUUUGAAUCAUCAGAUGCUAGACGUUGCUUUCCAUGUUGGGAUGAACCGGCAUAUAAAUGUACUUUUGAUGUAAUAUUACAAGAAGUACCUGUUGGUCUUGUAGCUCUAUCAAAUAUGCCCAUCAAGACUAUUACUAGAAAUUCUUCAUUAGAGAACAACAAAAUUGUAUUUGAAACAACUCCAAAAAUGUCUACGUAUCUUGUAGCUUUUGUCAUUGGAGAAUUUGAUUAUUUAGAAGAUGUAACUAGUGACGGAGUUUUGAUACGAGUAUAUACUCCAAUAGGAAAAAAAAAGCAAGGACAAUUUGCACUUCAAGUAGCAACAAAAGUUUUGCCUUAUUACCAUAAUUACUUUGAAAUAUCGUAUCCCCUCCCAAAAAUGGAUUUAAUAGCUAUAGCAGAUUUUUCAUCUGGUGCCAUGGAAAAUUGGGGUCUAGUAACAUAUAGAGAGACAUGUUUAUUAGUAGAUUCACAAAAUACAUCAACCGUCCGAAAACAAUGGAUAGCGUUAACAGUAGGUCAUGAAUUGGCUCACCAAUGGUUUGGUAACCUUGUAACAAUGGAAUGGUGGGAUGAUUUAUGGUUAAAUGAAGGUUAUGCAUCCUUUGUAGAAUUUCUAUGCGUUGCAUAUCUUUUCCCUGAAUAUGAUAUCUGGACUCAAUUUGUAACAGAUGUUCAUAUUCAAGCUUUAGAAUUGGACGCUUUAAGAAACAGUCAUCCAAUUCAAGUUCCAGUUGGGCAUCCUUCAGAAAUUGAUGAAAUAUUUGAUGAUAUUUCUUAUUGUAAAGGUGCGAGCGUUAUUAGAAUGUUACAUUCGUAUAUUGGCGAUGAAGAUUUUAGAAAGGGUAUGAAAUUGUACUUGACCAGAUAUUCCUAUGCUAAUGCAAAAACAGAUGAUUUAUGGACUGCUUUAGAAGAAGUGGCCAAGAAACCAGUACGCUCUGUUAUGUCAACGUGGACGAAACAACAAGGUUUUCCUUUAGUUCAAGUUGAACAACGACGACAACAACAACAACAGCAAAGUGGUGGUGGUGCGGAAAAUGAUGAAUCAAAUAAUGUUUUACUUACAUUCCAACAAAAGCGAUUCCUUCCUGAUGUUGUUAAUAAUUUGGUAGAGACAAAAUGUAAAGAGAAAUGGAUUAUUCCAUUAAGAAUAAGUGUUGCUCAGAAUCCUGAAAAAAUUUUAUUUGAUGAUUUAUUAUUGAGUAAAGAAGAAGAAACACUAGAAAUUGUAAUUAAAGAUGUGCCAAAAGACUCGUGGAUUAAAAUUAAUUCAGGAACAAUAGGUUUUUAUAGAACAAUGUAUAGUACUGACAUGCUUCAACUUUUCGAACCAGCAAUAAAAAAUCGUACAUUAUUACCUCUUGAUAGAUUAGGUCUUUUGGACGAUUUAUUUGCUAUUGCACAAGCCGGUCAUUCAUCUACAAUUGAUGUACUGAAACUGAUGCAAGCUUUUCAAUUCGAAGAUGACUAUACUGUCUGGUGUACAAUUUUAAAUUGCUUAAAUAAAAUUGGCCAAUUAAUUUCGCAUUUAAAUCAUCUUGAUAAUGCAUUCAAGGUUUUUGGUUGUUCCUUAUUAAGAAAUAUUGGCGAAAAAUUGGGAUGGGAAGCAAAAAGUAAUGAAAGUCAUUUAGAUACAUUAUUGAGGCCUCGUAUAUUAGGAAAAUUAGUUUUCUUAGAAGAUGAGGAAAUAAUUCGUGAAGCAAAAAGACGAUUUACAUUACACAUUAAAAAUGAAACGAUACUAGCAGCAGAUUUACGCAGCCUUGUAUAUAGAGCAGUUUUAUCAUCAACAUCCGUAGAUGAUGUUGAAAAUUUUGAAACAAUGCUUAGAUUAUAUAGAGAGUGUGAUUUACACGAAGAAAAAGAUAGAAUUCUAAGUUCUCUUGGAGCUGUUGGAGAUGUCAAGUUGUUGGCUAGAGUCUUGCAAUUCUCUAUGAGUGAUCAAGUUCGUGCUCAAGAUUCAGUAUUUGGAAUUACUUCAGUGGCAAUGAUGAGAUACCAAGGUCGGCUUCUGGCAUGGGAGUUUUUGAAAGAAAAAUGGGAUAUAUUAUUGGAUCGGUAUAAAAGUGGAUUUUUGCUAACACGCUUAGUAAAAUGUAUUACAGAAAAUUUUGUAACUAAUGAAAAAGCACAAGAAAUUGAAGAGUUUUUUAAAAAUCAAUCUAUAGUUGAACGAACUGUUCAACAAAGUGUUGAAACUAUCAGACUAAAUGUUGCAUGGUUAAAUCGCGAUAAGGACAAAAUACAAGAAUUUCUUUUAAAACCAUGAAAUGUGAAGAAACACACAUGUUUUGUAAAGUUGGAUUGCGAAUAAUAUAUAAAUAAUAAAAGUUGGCUCAUAAUUUUUAAAAUAAAA